AUGUUAAACAUGUAUUCUCAGCAACAGUAUUCGGCACCAACUGUAGUACAAACGAAACCGGCAAUACAAAAAUUAUUAGAUGACAAUUCACAUUUGAUUAUUCGAAUUCUUGAUUUACAAGCGAAAGGAAGACAAGCGGAAUCUUUGGAAUAUCAACGAACACUUUAUCAGAAUCUGAAUUAUUUGAUCCAAUUCGAUCCAACUACAUCUCACUAUCAAAAUAAUCUGCCGUCACCAGAUAUGUACAGUCAAACGCAAUCGUCCAUGAUGAAUGGAAGUUCCAUGCAACAGAGCCCAUCUGAACAGAGUUAUCGAACGCAAAACAGCCUUUCCUCGUCUUCCAAUGAAAACAUGAAUUCUUACAGCUCAUCGCACUUAUCUCAACAACACACUUAUGGACAGUAUCCAGUGUAUCAACAACAAAACAUUUCAUCGUCAUCGAAACCGUCGGUGAAUGCUCAGCAAAGUUCAUACAGUACAUACAAUGAACGUCAACAAGGCUAUCAUCCACAACAGAAUUAUCUUAAGCAACAGCAAUGGCAAAGCACUUCACGUAUGCCUGUUCAACAGCAGACAUCCGACUAUCGUCAAUGA